GUAUUUCGAACAGCUCUGUCCCCGGUUCCAGCAGAAUCUCCUGUAAAAGCUUCCCGGUGCGGUUCCGGUUCUUAUCCGGUCCAACAGCGUCUCAGGUGGACUGACAGAUGGAGAACCGAGCGUCUGGACCCGAGCUGGUUCUGGUCUUCAGCGGAAAGCGGAAGUCUGGGAAAGAUUACAUAACGGACGUGAUCCAGGAUCGUCUUGGCCCAGAGGUGUGCGCUGUGCUGCGUCUGUCCGGGCCUCUGAAGCAGCAGUACGCUCAGGAGCGCGGCCUGGACCUGGAUCGGCUGCUAGGUUCCGGACCGUACAAGGAGCGGUACCGGGCCGAUAUGAUCCGCUGGGGGGAGGACCGCCGGAACCGGGACCCGGGCUUCUUCUGUCGCUUAGCAACCAGAGGAGCCCAGCAACCUGUGUGGGUGGUGAGCGAUGCCAGGCGGCCGUCGGACCUGCAGUGGUUCCGGUCCGAGUUUCCCCGUCAGACCCGCAGCGUCAGAGUCCAGUGCUCGGAGGAGACCCGGGGGCGGAGGGGGUGGAGCUUCACGCCAGGUGUGGACGAUGCUGAGUCGGAGUGCGGGCUGGACCGCGGCGUGGAGUUUGACUGGAUCAUCAGGAACGAGGCCGACGCCCCCUCCCUGGACCAGCAGCUGCAGCCCAUCCUGAGGGCGGCGCAGGAAGCGGCGGUGCUCCGACAUAAUCCAUAAAGUUAUUAUUGAUUAGCUUCAAUUUUAAUCAGUUAUUUAGAAAGAAAUGAUUUAAACUAAUGACAUUACAGACUGCUACUGAGCAUGUGCAGCAUGCACCACUUCACCUGCGGGCAGCUACCUGGUGAAGCACCUGACCUCAGAUCCGCAUUCUGAUUGGCUGAGAGGGGUCAGCCAGUGUUUCAGGAAGCUGAACAAAGAACUCUGCUGUGUGCCACCGGGGGGCGCUGCAGUUCCCCACUGGAGUGCUUGCCCUUCAGUGUUCAGGAGGAACUGGGGGUUCUGUUUGGAUCAGAACUGGACCGGCUGCUUAAUACCAUCAGCAGGAACGACGAAGAAUGAAAAUAUUUAAAUCUGAUUUUUUUUUUCCAUGAUUUUUCUGGAUCCUCUUAGAAAUAAACAGAAUUUAAAUAUUU